GGUUUUUUUUUUUUUUACUACAUCAAGCAAAAUGGCCUAUACCACAGACGAGAUUAACCUGCAACGAUUACUGUUUAGCUGCGAAGAAAAGCUAAAAAAUGAAAAACUGGAAACAUGGACUGGUUCGGAAAAACAAAAAUUUGCCACAUAUGUUCACUAUUUACGAAUACUUCAAGAAAGAACUCGUGAUCGAUCCAAGAUCAACUACGAUGAGCGCAUCGCAGCACUGACGCGGUCCACGGCGCCUUACACUAUGAACUUAGAUGUCGCUAAAGGAAUUCCUGAAGCUCAGCUGACAAAGGCAAGGCAUAUGGACUGGUUGAAGCAGCAACACAAACCCGAACCCGACUGGGUGCAAAGUAGCCAAGAUCAAGGUCAACCUACUUCUACCCAAGCAGACGAAGAAGAAAGUGAAGCAGAGGAGAAGGCUCUCGAGGAAAAAGCAUUGAAUGAAGCUAAAAAGGAGAAUACGAAAAUGGAUAAUGAAGAGGAAGCACAACGAUUACGGCGAAGGUUUCAAACACGAGAUAGACAACCAUCAGGAACGGCUGACACCGAGGAAGGUGAUCGCGAAGAAACAGCGAAUAUUGAACACGUGUUACAACAUCAUCGGCAGAUGCACGACGAGUUAACUACUGAACUGACUACCAUGGCUAAACAGCUGAAAUUCAAUACCCAAUCAUUUGGUGAUAUUUUAGCUAAAGAUGAUCGAGUACUACGCGACGCGCAAGAUGCAGUGGAAACCAAUUUGGAGCGAAUGCGUAAAGAACGCCAACGGUUGGAUGAACAUUACUCGAAAUCCUGGGGAACAAGUUUCAUGACGUUUGGGGUUGUAUUAUUUGUAUGUGUGAUGUUCUUCCUGGUGUUUUUCACCAUCAAAUUUCUACCCAAAGCAAGCUGAAGAACAAAAAAGAAUAAGAUUUUCUGUCUUUUUGGUGCAUACGAGAAGGGAAAAGAAGAAUGGUAAUUAUCCUUA